GGCCCGGACUUCCGCCGCCGGCACCGCCUCCUGCCGCGGUGGUCUGGCGCUAGUGGCUAGGGCAGCUGAGCGGUCGUGGGCUUUCGGACGCGGACUCGGGGAGGCCAUCCCUAGCGCUCAGCCGCGGGCGCGGAGUUUGGAGCGCACCUGCGGAGCGGACACCUGCGCGUGUGGAAGAGGAGGAAGGGCAUGGUCAGCGCCUGAGUCACCCGCGCACCAGCCUGUACGCGGUGGCCCCUGGCUGCGGUGAAGAGCCCCUGUCUUUAUUCCUGUCCCACACCGUGGUGUGGGCCACCAGCUGCGGGAUGAACUGUCGCUCGGAGGUGCUAGAGGUGUCGGUGGAGGGGCGGCAGGUGGAGGAGGCCAUGCUGGCCGUGCUGCACACGGUGCUUCUGCACCGCAGCACCGGCAAGUUCCACUAUAAGAAGGAGGGGACCUACUCCAUCGGCACCGUGGGCACCCAGGAUGUGGACUGUGACUUCAUCGACUUCACCUACGUGCGCGUCUCCUCUGAGGAGCUGGACCGUGCCCUGCGCAAGGUUGUCGGGGAGUUCAAGGAUGCGCUGCGCAACUCUGGGGGUGACGGGCUGGGGCAGAUGUCCCUGGAGUUCUACCAGAAGAAGAAGUCUCGCUGGCCUUUCUCGGACGAGUGCAUCCCUUGGGAGGUGUGGACGGUCAAGGUGCAUGUGGUAGCCCUGGCCACCGAGCAGGAGCGGCAGAUAUGCCGGGAGAAGGUGGGCGAGAAGCUCUGCGAGAAGAUCAUCAACAUUGUGGAGGUGAUGAACCGGCACGAGUACCUGCCCAAGAUGCCCACGCAGUCGGAGGUGGACAACGUGUUCGACACGGGCUUGCGGGACGUGCAGCCCUACCUCUACAAGAUCUCCUUCCAGAUCACUGACGCACUGGGCACCUCGGUCACCACCACCAUGCGCAGGCUCAUCAAAGACACCCUUGCCCUCUAGGCCUUCCUUGACGGCCUGCAGACUUCGGCUUCUGGGGGUUGUACUGUUGGGCCCUGGGCGCCUGGGACCCCGACCCAGGUGCUUGAUGAGACUUGGGAUGGCCACCCCUGGCUUCCUUGUUUAGCGGUUGCCGGUCUCCGGUUAUCCUUCCCACCUAGGCUGAUGGUCGAUUCUGGCCCUCGCUGUCUCUGCACGCCCCUGGAGGGGGUCCCCUUGCUCCUCCGCUAUACGGGAGAGCCGUCGCUAGGACGAUGAAUAAAGUUGAGAACGUGAGUUCGGGUUGA